ACACUUUGUCACUUUUCUGACUUUUUUCCCGAAAAGCUCGUUUUUCUUCGACGUCUCCGUCUGGCGGCACUAUCUUCAUUCCUUUACCAUUUCACGCGUUUUCCUGCGCUUGUGAAGAAAGACCCGCGGUCCUCUGGCGCGCGGAUUCUUACUUUUUUUUGUGUCUUUGCGGGGGCAAUUUCACUUUGAUCUCUGAUAUUUUCUUGCGUCCUUCGGGAAAAGCCACUCACAACUUGCUCGGUUUCCCCGGUUAUCUCCAGUUCCCUUCGGUUCCGACUCUCCGUCGUCUCUGUGGCACAAUCGCGUGCCUCUUGCUCGGGUCGCCUUCUCUUCGCGGCGCGUUCUCUCUUUUUCUUUCUCGACCUUCCUUUCCUUUUCCCCUCCAUUCUUCCCUCUGUUCUUUCUCCCCGUAAAAAGUCAAUUUUUCCUCGUCUCUACACACUCCAAAGCGCCAGUUUUCGCGCCUUGCAGAGCCACGUCGCUUUCCGCAGGAAGUUCAUUGAAUUUUCGUUGGAUCGGGUCUUUCGUCUCAACUGGUUCCCCCAUCAGCUCUUCCCCCUUUCCCCGUUUUCACGAUUCAAAUCUGCCUCCACGUCGUCUUCUUUUGAUGCGGGAACCUCCGGCUUCUACCUGUUCUUUCCUUUUCUUCGGUCGCGAGGCAGUCCUCCCGAAUCUGCAGGGUUCCCCCUCUGAAUUCAGAAGUCCUCUACCCCUGAUGGCAAGAGCCCCUCCGCUCUUCCUCUUAGAACGCAUUUAAUUCUUCUGUUCAGUUCCUCACUAAGGGAUCUCCGCUCCUCCGGGUCUCUCUAAAUUCAUAUAUAUAUAUAUAUAUAUAUAUAUAUAUGCAUGUGUAUGUAGAGUCGUGGUUGUGGUCUUGGUCGGAGACGCGCGUUUCACCAGCUUCGUCGCUUGGUUUCUGUUCAGAGGAGAACGAAGGCUUUUUGCGUUUACACCAUGGCCCUCGGAACGAUCUGGAUCGGUACUUUCGCGUUCGCCGGAGUCGGCGUGCUGCUCUGUGGUCUGCUUCCCUUCAUUCUUCUCAGACCGGAGAACACUCGAAACAUUUCCAAAAGAGAAAUGAUUGGGCUCAUGUUCACCCUCGUCACGACAGCGAUAGUGUGCCUCUGGCUGUUCUGGGUCUGUGCGUACGUCUCGCAACUGCACCCCUUGAUUUAUCCGGAAAGACCGAAGGAAGAGGGAACCUACAGUCUGGACGAGGGAACUCUGUAGGCGCGCAGGCUGGGGAGCCACACGCGACGACGAAGUCGCCGAGACGCGCCGCCAACGCGAAGACAGAAACCUCGGAUAUCUCACAGGCGGCGGUGCAGAAACAAAACUCCAGAAAACGUGCAGCAGACGCAAAGACUGCGCUUCUCUUGAGCGGCGACAUGCAGCACAGUCUCCGGGGGGAGAGACACACCGAGGCAUGGCAGAAAACGGGCUGUAUAGACAGCUGACCGAGUGUAUGUACACCUCGGGGUUGGGCGCUAGCGGUCGCGUAUCGGAACCGUCUCUUCGAUCGUGGAAGAUUUAUUAUACUCGUGAAUUCUCUGAAACUGAGGCUGCGCUCUCUGUCUCGAGUUUCUCAGCUCACAGCGCUUCAGGCUGCGCUGCUGUGUUAGAUUUGCACGCGACAGAUCAGACGAUUGGACUAAACACGAUCCAGUAAACUGCGACUUUCGAAGGGUGCUGAGAAGGAGGCUCGUGACUACUUUUUUCCUUAGGCAGUCAUCGCGUGAUCGACCCACAGGAGGACGCGGGUGUGGGGUCGCGAGCGAACGCGCGACUCGCGGACGACUGUGCAGCGUCGGUCUGUCUCUGAAGCGGAGGCUUGUUUUCCACGCCUUUCCGAUAAAUCCUAGCAAACUCGUAAACGCUAAUCUACUCUCAGGACGCCGGAGGGUGCCUGGAGCCUCUGACACUCAACAGGAGAACU